AGCAUCCUUAUCAAUCGAGUACCAAGCUUCAGUACAACAUCAACAUGUACUUCAAAGUCGCAAUUGUCAGUGCCGUGCUAGCUUUGUGCCAAGCGGGUUUAAUCGACGAAGGACAUGGACAGGCCGUGUCAUCGCAAAGCAUAGUUCGUCAUGAUGAGCCUUCUCACCAAUUAGGACAACAACAGCACUUCACUCCUGUUUUAGAACAUGGCGGACCGAUCUUGCACCACGCGCCGUUGAUUGAGCAGGCUUCGUACUUGCAGCAUAGUGGCCCUAUUGUUCAUGCGGCUCCCUUGGUUCAGCAUGUGGCUCCUGCAGCUAUCCAUCAUGCGCCUGUUGUGCAGCAUCUCCAACCUGUGGCCAUUGGACAUAGUGAACAAGUUGAGCAGCAUGCUCCUGCUAAGUACGAGUUCUCGUACUCCGUGGAGGACCCUCACACUGGUGACCACAAGUCUCAGCACGAGACUCGCGACGGUGAUGUCGUGAAGGGAGAAUACUCUCUGCUGCAGCCUGAUGGUUCCAUCCGCAAGGUUGAAUAUACCGCCGAUGACCACAAUGGUUUCAACGCGGUCGUGCACAACUCCGAGCCGUCUGCGCACGCGGCCCCGCCGAGCCCCGCCCCUGUUGUUCACGCCGCCCCUGUUGUUCACGCUGCUCCAGUUGUUCACGCCGCUCCCGUAGUUCACGCCACGCCAGUAGUUCACGCAGCGCCAGUAGUCCACGCGGCACCCCUUGUCCACGCUGGGCCGCUCGUCCACGCCGCUCCAGCACACUACAUUACUGCCCACCACGUAACAGUAAUCCUGUGCGCGUUGGCUCUGGCCUCCGCCGGCGUGGUGCAGCUAGGACACGGGUAUGCUGGCGAGUCGUACGGACACGAAGCCGUGGCGUACGCACCGGUCGCUCACUACGGAGGACAUGAAGACACGCAUGUUGACUAUCAUGCCCACCCCAAAUACGACUACUCGUACUCCGUGUCCGACCCCCACACUGGUGACCACAAGACCCAGCACGAGGUCCGUGAUGGUGAUGUCGUGAAGGGAGAGUACUCUCUGCUGCAGCCUGAUGGCUCCUUCAGGAAGGUCACUUACACCGCUGACGACCACAACGGUUUCAACGCGGUCGUGCACAACACGGCGCCCGCGCACCACGAGUACCACUAGCGCCGGCUCGCACUGCCACUGUUUCUCAUGUGAUAUUAUACACUUAAUACUUAAUGUAGAUAGUCUUUAGUCGACAACGACUCUUUAUUUUGUAAGACUGCGGCGAAAAUAAACUUUAAGAAAACUUU